AUGUAGGGUUUACGAUGCUGAGGGUAUGAACCAUGUGUCAGGGACAGGAAGUGCCUGUACAGAGAGACCAGGCGAUAAUCUAGACGCAGCGGCCCAAGUUGUCGCUGGUGCAUGAGGAGGGGAGAUGAUGAAUUAGGAUGAUGGAGCCAAGGCUGUUAGGGCCGGGGGGGAGCGCACACAUCACGACAGGACACCCUGGGGCAGAUUCUGCUUGGUGAAGGAAGUCGCUGGAGACAUGGAUAUGUAUCUGCUGCUUCUGCAGCUGUCACGCUGAUAACGCUUUAUGAUGACUGCCUUCAGCCUGGAGCUGCCAGAAGGCGUCUGAUGCGUGAGGAUGUCGCGAGUGAUGAGAGGAGAAGUGUAGAUUGCUCGGGGCAGAGUAGGUGGUGACACAGACGGUGUGGAUCCUCAGAGGAAAGGACAGAGGGUCAGACGGUGGACAGACUGGACGUGUUUACCGGACGAGGAUGAGGAGAGGACUGUACUUCACCAUAGACACAGUUGAGAAAUUGGACACUUGCACUAAAACGAGCAGAGGACUGUGGCUUGGCAUAGACAUAGUUGAUGGAAGAUUGACAUUGAGAAACUGGAUACUUGCAUUGAAACGAGGAAAGGACUGUGGUUUGGUGCAGAUAUAGUUGAAGGAAGAUUGAUAUUGAGAAACUGGACAUAUGUACUGACAGGUGUGAUCAGGAUAUCGUGCAUCUUACUGUAUAUAUUGUAUACUGUACUGUGUACAGGUUGUAGAAACGGAGUGAACUCGGUUGACACGAUUCAAACUUGGAUUUGUGGAUGAGUUGAUGAGGUGGACGUCCAUUUUAUAUAUACACUGGUGUUGAUCAAGUGAAACGUAGAUAACAAAAAAAAGUGAAAAUAUAUGUAAAGUACGGAGGGACCAUGGACAUCAUCACAUUGUAGACGGUUAGAUGAACAGACAUGUUAUGGGGUAUGUAUGAUACACUAACUCUGUUUGACCAACAAAGGUGGGAAUGUCAUUUCACAACCUGACUUUUUUCAAAGGGAAGAUGUUGGAUUACACUCUCGUCACAUCAGUUACGGAAACUUAAUUCUCACGCAGUCGUUUGAAACAUUCAGUCGGACUAAAUCCAUCGUUGAAUCAGAGAUGCAGUUCAAUGGGCCAUACUGUGCAUUGAAGCUGCAGAGCGUGGCAUUGUAUUCUUGUUUCUGAGCAGCUUUAUAAAUAUUGUGAGGAAUUUGAAGGGCUGUUUCUAUGACUAUUGUGAAAAGGGUGCAGUCAAGGUGAGGUCACUGGUGUCUACAUCCUUGCUGUAAAAGUCCGGGUCUUUUUGACUUGUCAUCCCGCACAUUUGGCUCAAAGCACUUCAUAGAGAGAAGAUUGUAUGCGUGUCUCUGCAGUUGCUGUGUUGCUGGGGAAUUGAAUCAAUUUCAAAUACAGCAAUACUAGAUUAACAGUGACAGUGAAUGUUGCAACAUACUAUCUCUCAUGGGAGACACAUGACAAGCUUGACACAGUGAUGUGACCUGCUCCCCUUGACUUCAUCCGUAAGUGAUCGCUGCAGCCUCCUGUCUGUGUAGUGACGGAAACCUAGCAGCAUGAAGCUAGGUACGCCACAGAUACAGAUGCAUGUCCCUGUCAAGAGGAGUCCGCAGUUGAGAUGGAGAUAUGCAGUGUGUGCUAAUGGGGUUGGCCAAAACGAAGAGGAAGAGUCUGUUGAUCCAGUCGUCAUGGCAACUGAAGAACUCCACAAUGAUCAGAGUUCAAUGUACGACGAGGAGAACCCUUUGACAAUCAACACUGACUUUCAAGAUGAUGACAGGGAGAAUCCUUUGACAAUCAACACUGACUUUCAAGAUGAUGACGAAGAGAACCCUCUGACAAUCAACACAGACUUCCAAGAUGAGGAGAUUGCGACCGAGCUGUCCCUGUCAGAUCGCUCCAGUUCACAGGUUCCACCGACCAGUAUUAACCAACCCGAGUCACACAGCGGCCCUCCGAGUGAGGCAGGGUCGUCACGCCCUCCGUCCCCAAGCAAUCCGUCCAGCUUAUAUUCCUCCAGCCAAAACUACCCUGCGUUCCCGUCAUCCUCCCGGCCUAUUAAGAGGGGGGCAAAGAUCAGCGAAGAGCAGAAGAUUCUCCCUGUAGCAGGUAAAGAUGGCCUUGCCAAGUUCGUGUGCCCAGUGUGCAAGGAUGAGAUGAGCACACUACAUGAUCUCACCGUCCACAUCCGCCAACACAACUCCACCGCCAUCAGUUCCAACUCCGCCAACAGCUGCACCAUCUGUGGCAAGAUCCUCAGCUCACAGAGCUCCCUGGACAGGCACAUGUUGGUCCACUCAGGUGAACGUCCAUUCUCUUGCCGAGUAUGUAAAAUGUCCUUCACAACCAACGGCAACAUGCACCGACACAUGCGCAUCCACAGCAAGGAAGCCGAGCACGGGAUGUUGCAUGGCGUCAAGUCUGGUUCUCGCCGUGGCAAGGGAGGAUGGCGCCCUAAAACAGCUAUGCACCCUUCUAUGCAAGACCUCGAUCUCAGUACACCUGAAGCUGCCUCCAGAUUCCUUGAACGACCGCCAGCUCAGUUUGCAUUUCAUUCCAUGGCACCCAUUGACAUGCCAACAUUUGGUGGCAGCAAGCGACCCUCUGAAGAGCCCCAGUGGGAUCAUCAGCUGCCCCUGAAGAUGCCCAUGGUUCCUGGUGUUGCUCUGCACCCUCUUCCGUCCCUGUCAAUGACAACCCUCCCUACAGUGCAGCAGCAGCAGCAACAACAGCAGCAGCAGCAGCAGCAACAGCAGCAGCAGAAUAUAGGAAACACCAUCAGUCAGAUGCCUGCCCAGUCUGGCAAGCCAUGCACCAAGGAAGAAGAUAAGUCGGCCUUCCCAGUCAUGCCUUCCCUGCCAAACACUCGGACACUAAUCUGUCACAAGAUGCUUGACCCAAAUGGGGUCAAGGUCAAGGACGAACCCAGCACGUGCUCCACACCCAGUCAAGACACAAAUGAGGCUGGAAUCUCUGUUGGGUUUUAUGAUCUGGACUUUGUUGACUUUACAAGCAACAAGUUUCCCCUGAUAGCCAAAGCAUGGUGUGAGCACUGUACACGUCAGCCCAGUAGCAAAUACCAUCGGUUCGACUGCACCGUGUGCAAGAAGGCUUUCCCUUGUAAGGCUGCUCUCCUGAUGCAUACUCCUGUCCACACUGGGAAACAGUUGACCUCGUGCCCGUUCUGUGACUGUGAGUUCGUGGAGCAGGACAUCAUGCAGACACAUAUGGUAAAACACAUAUCACAGCGGGGUCUGGACGACAGUCACGCUGUCGACCCUCACUCUGUCUCUCAGCAAGACUUUCUGGCACAAUUCAGCCUGGCUCCAAGGCAGCUUGUAAGGGGCAAAGAAUCUCAUGCCAAGAAAAUUGCAAAAAUUGAAAAAAGAGAAAACAAUGAAUAUUUCCCAAGACUGGGUCAUGCUUUUGUACCAUCCGCCAUGGCUAAAUCUCAGUUGUCUUGUGAUACCAAAAGCAAACUAUCUAAAGAAGUCGAGGAUCUGCAACGCAUCUACCCACAAGCCAUGUUUGUUCCAGACAGGUUCAUUUUCUCUCAGGUGAACCCCUGUUUGCUCCCCCAACAGCUUGGUCAGUCAAUUCUUGCCGUCCCCCAACAGCCACAAAGUCACAGCCCCACCCCACUGAGAUCACUCACCCCACCCCUUGGUCAGAUGAAGCAGUCUGAGUCCCCCUUCAUUGCUGCGAGCCCUGUGACAACACCUCCACUCUGGGAGGAAGGUCAAGGUGACCUGGACCUCAAGGUCAAGAGCAUCUUCACCUGCAAAUACUGUGAUCUUGUUUUCAACAACCAAAGAAGUCUAAAGGGACAUACACGCACACACCUGGGUCUGACGCCCUAUAAAUGCAACCUCUGCAGCUACUCCAGCGCUGACAAGAGCACCCUCAUCCGACACCUGCGCACACACAACGGAGAGCGACCUUUCCAGUGCCUCAUUUGUGACUUUGCCUUCACCACAAAAGCCAACUGUGAGAGGCAUGUCAGAAAGAAGCAUGGCAAGCUAAUGAAGGAGGAUAUUGAGCAGUCGAUUGGCUACAACAAGUAUGUGAUGGACACAGCCACAAGCAUGGACGCCUUCCACUCCCCCGACACUGUCUGCAAGUACUGCGGCAUUGACUUCAAGUUCUUCCGCGCCCUCAAGCACCAUCUCCGAUCUCACAGCAGCUGCCGCCAGAAGCCCUUCCUCUGCCAGCGCUGUGACGUGGGCUUCUCCACCAAGGCCAACUGUGUCCGACACAUCCAGAAGCAGCACCUGGAGGUGGGCCAGCACCAGAUUGAGGGGAUGAUCCACGUCAAUGAGCCUUCCAUGAUGGAGGAGAUGGACAGAGUCACCAGCGACAGUCAGGAGUCCGCCAGUCCAGCUAGUCUCUCCAGUAGUGGUAAUUUCCAGGUGUCCCCUAGUCCCCCUGCUGCCCACAAGGUGGAGCCGACCCUCCCCCACUCCUCCAUGCUAGUGAAACUGGAGCCACACCUCACCUGCACCCAGCCUCUCGACUUUAGUCUGAUGAACUCACCCUUCACCUCCACCCCGGGGCUCAGCCGCAGCGACCAGCCCAUGGAUCUGUCCGUCAAGAAGAGGUCACCUUCACCGAAUGCAUCUAGACACUUAAAAUCAGCCUUGCAAAGUGGCGAGCUUCCCAACAGGUUCCUGCAGUUUUCCCCACCAGCUUCCGAUCACUGUCAGAGGGAUGAGUUGGACGAGGAUGACCUUGUGCUUGUCAGUGACAACAAUAACAAUGACAAGCAGAGCUGGGAGGUGUCUCCACUGUCCAUCCUGGAGAAACGCAGCAGGGAGGCCAAGAAGUUGGCUUUUAUGGCCAAGUACAGGAUGCACUCUCCCAACUCAGGUGGGGAUUCUGUGUCUGACCUUGCAUCUGUCCACAAGAUCCUUAACAACACAGGAUCCUACAAGUUCAACAUGUUUCUUGGAAGUGGCUGUGAAGCUGAUGAGGAGGACAAGAUGUCAGCCUACAGGAAGCAGUUAAUAAACUCUGUAAUCCGCAACCACACCUCCCCUUGUGAUUCUCCAUCCUCCGAACCCAACAGAGGUUCCCCAGACAAGAGCUCAGCUGAGUCGGAUGUACACCUCCUGGCUCAGUCUUACAGGGAGGAUGUCAAGAGCAACGCCCAGGAAUGGCAGCAGCAGGAGGACGAGGAGGAAGACGGAGAUUUGGAUGAGGAUAUGGGUGACGAGGAAGACGAUGACGAAAAUGGGGAGGAGUCAGGGUUCAUUGAUGACCAGGGAGAAAUGGAUUCCAGCAAGCAUAUCAUGGAUAUAGAUGAGGACCAUGAUCUAAGCAAUGGAAUGUUCCCCGAAACCCCGGUGAAGAAGAAACGUAAUUCCUAUGCAGACUCCCCCCACAAGCUUGGCUGUCCUUACUGCCCCCGGUCGUUCCCCUGGGUCAGCUCCCUGAACAGGCACCUGCUCACACACACAGGUCAGAAACCAUUCAAGUGUCCACGAUGUCCAGUGACCUUCUCCACCAAGUCCAACCGAGAACGACACCUGAUCCGCAAACAUGGCGUGAACAUGUUGGACCCAGCCUCGCGACAGACCAUGGACCGACCCUACAAGUGUCAUCUCUGUGUCUUCAGCUCCUUCUCCACUGAAAGCAACUUGUUGAAGCACUACCAGGAGAGACAUAAUGGGGUGAAGCCAGAGCCAGUCCAUGAUGGAGACUGUAUCGAGGGCAUGGAGGGUGAAGCAAGCAACACGAUCGACAACGAUGAUAGCUUUUCUGAUGAAGAAUCAAAUAUGAUCUCUAGCAAGUCCCAUGAUGCAAUGCCAGGUGCCAGUCCUGGUGAUAGCGGCUCAGAUCUUGAUCACUCACAAGCUGACAUGUCCGACUACAGUUCAUUCAUCCAGCCACUCAUUCCGGCAGAACUGGAAGGUCAAGGUCAGGGUGAGGACGAAGAUGGUGAGGAUGUCUCUGCGGGAUCUGGUGAGCGACAAACAAACCCGGAGCGAGACAAUUACAAUGUCGACAAAAUCAAACAUUGCUGGAAAUGUGGGAAGUCCUUCCCAUCGCGUAAGAUGCUGGUUCGCCAUCUUAAGGAACAUAAUAUCGACCUGCCCUUCAAGUGCUAUCUCUGCGACGCCUCUUUCGACCACAGGAAGGAGUGCCUAGUGCACCAGGAGAAACACCACACCCGGGACUGGACAGUCCUCAGGGAGAAGAAUAGCGUGGACGACAUCGACUGCUUUGCCUCCAAGAUGGAUGUGGUGGUGGAGCGUCACUGCCGAGCUGGGAAUGGGAUUCUGACGGAAGAGAAUGAGGAGGAAGAUGGUGGCGAGGAGCCCAUUGAGUCUGUCACAUCAGAUUACAACCAGAGGAAGGUCUACUGCUCACUGUGUCCUAAACGCUUCUGGUCACUGCAGGAUCUCCGGCGACACAUGCGCUCUCAUACCGGAGAGCGCCCCUUUGAGUGUGACGUGUGUCAGAAGAGGUUCACCCUGAAGCACAGCAUGAUGCGACACCGCAAGAAGCACCUGCCAGGCUCCCUCUCUCGCUCCCGCUCGCUCUCCCCAGCAUUCAGUGAUGACGAGGACAGUGUACACAAUGAGGAAAACGUUCUGCCAGGCCCUGGUCGUGGGAGAAGUGCUCUUCGUUACCAUCUGACAACAAACACACGGAGAGAUAGCCCUGUGUUUGUACCGGAGAGGACUGCUGCCAGCAUGGUGCCCCAAAUGAACGGCGGAACAGACGACCAUGACAGCGAUGAUGACGACAUUCUGCACAACCUCCUCGGGGUGGAUGAAUCAGCCAUCAACACCAUGCUUGACUCCGCUGAUUCGGCAGCCAAGAUGCUGGGCUUCAAAUGAUAGGUCUGUGACGAAAAUGAAAACACUCCUGCAUGUACAAUUGGAGAGGGAGCAGUGUUCUUGUGUCAAAGCACUGUGUGAUGUCUUGAGCCACGGCUGAAAUAAACUCAAAUUGGUUGAAGCCUCGUUGUGAGGCCGAUAUCACAAUUUAUCAUAUAAUGGAUGGUAUCAUGAUCCAAUAAAUAUGCAAAUGAGGUCCUCCACCUGGGAUUCAAUGUCUGCUUUCUCAAUAGACCAAUAUUCUGAUGACUUAAUGACCAAUGUGCUGUAUUAGUUGAGAGAGUAUUUUUCCGAAGUGUGUGUGAUUCUGUAGACCAACAUGGCUGCAGCUCCUUAUGACUAUUUGAAAAAUGGUGUGUUUCACACAAACUCAGUAUUCAUAUGCUGUGUCUAUUAACUUUCUGAAGUUACUUCAUUGAGAGACAUUACGACUUAAACAUCCAUCAUUGUAAGUGUGACAUGUGAUGAGAUAUUUACCCUCGUGUGUCUCCCUAUCUAAAGUUAGGAAUAAAUAUGGGUAUUAUACAAUAAUACAAUUUUUAUUCCUGAAAUGACGCGGGAACAGACUAAGCUGAUCGCUAUAUAUCUUUCUAUGACCUUGAUCUUUAAUUGGUUGAAGCCUCUUUGUGACUCUUGGUAGUUAUGCUGAAGAGGUGAUAUCCUAGAGGUCACGACCCCUAGAAAUCAGCUGACUGAGUUAAAUGUUAAAGCUUAAUUUACCCCUAUUGCAUAUAUAAGUAUUUUUCAUGGCAUAAUUAAAUGUUGCUGAAGUUGGAGUUAUCAAGGGUUGACCUUGACAUUGUUACCAGUGUAAAUAGUGAUAGCUUAAAGGGUGCCAUCUUGAAACAUUACAAACUUCCAUGCUCCUGACAGACCCCUUUAACAGUAGAAAAACUGUCAGAAAAUCUUAAGCCAAAGCCAGGAUAUGUAUAUCUUGCAAUAUGCAAAUAUUGUUAUUAGUUGUAUGCUUUUUACAUACAUAGAUUGUUUGCUUGUACAAGUUCAAUUCAACUGUAUGUGUUUGGGAGGCUUGUGUCUUGGAGUAACAACUAAAUUAUUAAAACCAGCAUUAUAUAUGAUUAUGAUAUGGUUACAAUUAAUCUGUAUGUCAUGGUUGUGUGUGCAGUAUUACAAGGUUGGUUACAAUGUAAUACUGCUGUUGAUACAGUUUGUUACUUUUAUAUCUGUUUGCUAUUCAGGACAGUAUCCUACUUAAGUGGAAUUGUCACGUAUGUAUAUAUUUGUAUAAACUUGUGAAACAUUCCUUGUUUACCACUGGACUAUUGCAGUGUAUAUUGUGUUAUCAUGGUCCAUGUCUCAUGUGAAUAUGCCUUAAAUUCGUCCAAUUAGAGAUAAUCAGUGAUUAAAUUGUUAAUUUAUAGAUUUGAUAAUUUCCCUAGGAAUAUAUAUUUAUUUGGUUAUUAUCAUCACACAGACAUCAUUCCACAGAUUGUGAUUUUAUCACUGUAAAUAUUUAUUAUAUAAUUUCAUAUUUAAUGAAAUUGUCAUUUUUACAAAUAUUUUUGUAUUCGUUACAAAUAUAUUGAUGAUGUUGAGAUCAUCAGGAUUUGUCCAUGCUAGAGAAAUGAUCUGAAGUGUAGACUUGGUUGUCGAAGUGCCUUGAGUCGUACGACUUAUUCCCCUCUACUGUUGCCUUGCUCCUCCUCACAUGGAGCAACACCCUCAACGGUUCAUGGUUUCUUCCUUUUGUCAUGGAUACUACUGACUAGAUUAGACAGUCUGAAACCUUUUCAUACCUUCCUGGGAUUUAGUGCUAUAAAGUUAUCCCUUCAAAUUUCAAAUUGGCUGACUAAUCCCAAGUUUUGCUGUGGUAUGCAAUAAUUGCAUAGUUUCUCCUUUGAGAUAUGAUUUGCACAUUCGAUAUGUAGGCCUACCUAGAUGUUUUAAUUAGCUUUAUCAAAAUAUCCUAAAACAGUUGAUUUUGUGUGAUUUGUUUGUUUGAACUAUGAGUUUAGGCGUUACUAGAAUCAUAUUUGAUGCAGUUUUAGCAUUAUUUGUUCUGCUUCCAGAAUUAGAUGUAGUUUUAUACCAGAGUUUGAAAUGUGAACCAGUUUAGUUUAGGAUAAGGCCAAAGCAUUUCAUCAGCAUUACAUGUGUCUACAUACAUGGUUUAUAGUUUUAAUAUUGCUCAUAUUUUGGGGAUGUCAAACUCAGUUUUGCAAUAAUUUCCUCUUGUUUUCAUCCCACUUUCCUAACAACUAGUAUUACAGUUUUUUACUCCUCCGACGGUCGUUACAGACAAAACUAGAUUUAGAUGUUUUGCAAUUCUAUAAAUGGCUUGAAGAUAGUAUUUGAAUAUGCAUAAUGUAUGGGAGUGCGUUUAACUUAUUACACCAGUGUUCAGUGCCUAUAGUGUGGCAGCAGAUAAGCUUUUGUAUUUUCAGCAUUUAAUUUUACAGCAUAACUAAAAAUUGUUGAAUCAUAAUGAAAUGUACUUUUUGUUUUAUUGCAUACUGUUUGAUUGAGAAAUUCAUGGUAAUAUUUUGCAAUAAGUGUUUGAUCUGUUGUGUAUUUGUUUUGUUUUUUAUGAAUUUAGAGAUCUGAGACUUAGAAUUUGGCAGAUUUUCAGUGUCACAAUUAGUAUGUUAUUCCCAGGCCUCUCAGUUGUAAGCUCAAGCGUCUCUUGUAUAUCCUGAAUUAUAUCAUUGACAGAAUGGCCAAGCUGUUUUCUUUCAUAACAUAUUCAAUCAGUUUUUGGCAUUAAAUUAUUAAAUUUUUCAUUAAAAAUUCAAAAUGGAGAUGAAAUUAUAUUUAAUUAUAAAGCUUCAAUUAUAGACUGAAAGUUUUUGACUGGUUUCAGUGAUGGAUUUUAAUGAUAUGUCUCACAAAGGGGGCACGGGUGGUCCAGUCAUCUAAGGCAUUGCAAUUCGCUGUGCAGAGUUGUGUCCCUAGGGCAUGCCAGAAAAGUACCAGGAUAUGUUCAUGGGUUUGAAUCCCAGUUUGCAUUGAUUUUUAUGUUUGUCAGCACCAUACCCGUGCUCGUGGGUUUCUCCAAAGUGAUAAACGUCUGAGACCUGCAUCACUUCGGAUUUUCCUACCACAUUAAGCUGACACGCCGUCAUAUAACUGGAACACUGUUCAAAGUGGCGUUAAACCCCACUCACUCACAGUCUCACAAACACAUUUGCUGUGUCAGCUGUGUAGGAUUCCAUUAAUCAUGGCUUUACAAUGCAGUGCCCCAUGGUGGGCUAGCCUAGUGGUUAAAGUGUUUGCUGGGUUCGAUUCCCCACAUGGGUACAAUAUGUGAAACCCAUUUCCGGUGAUAUUGCUGGAAUUUUGCUAAAAGCGGCGUAAAAUCUUUCUUAGUCAAACAGGAUACAACUGACCUUGGGGCUACAUCGGAGUUGAGGCGCACCUGUGUGUUUAGUGGUGUUACAUUGGUGGUGUUCCGGCUCAAGUUAUUGUUCAUUGGCCGAGUGUUAGUUUCACGCAGGUCGCCCAUUACUAGUGCUGUGACCAAUUGAACCAUCAUUUCACAGCAAUUUGAACAGUUGUGGCAACUGCUGUUUGCAUUCAAGUUUUAUUUGUUACUUAAAGUACUACUAAACUUUCUCUUUGCCAGGCUUUUUUUCGUAAUUUAAGAUAAUGAUAACAGAAUCUUAAUGGAUCAGAGGAUAUCAAGAAGACCAGGCAACUUAAUGACAAGAAUAGGAACAAAUGAAAUUACUAAAGCUAAAAUAUGAAUAUAGAAAUCAAUAACAUAAUUCAGGAAAUAUUUUAAAACUUAUUAAGCCUAUGAGAAUUGUUUUUGUGUACAAAUAUUUCAAAUUAAAGUUCAAGCAAAAUUUAGUUAAUAAGAACUGGAGGAUUUGAAGUAAUAAAUUACUUCCAUUAAAGACAAGAUCUGUUUCAUUUGUAAGGGGGAGGAUCAGCUUUUACCAACUUGCAGUAAAGUGUUCAGUAAACCAAGAACAUAAUGAACUUGACCAGAAGAUAAUUCAUAAUGAUAUCAAUCAGUUCAGUCACAAUCACAUAUCUGUGUUCUGUCUCAAGGAUAUGUAUUUAUGUAUUACAUCAGUUAUCGAACCUACCUUCCAGUGAAUCGGUGCCAAACAUUCCACCAACUAUACAAGGAGUCAAGGACUAUAUUUCAUCAUGUGAGCUGACUACAAGUCGGAGAAAUAUUGCCACUAUGUACUGUCAUAAUUAUUUCAAUUUUAUCAUCAGUUUGUCAAUAUCUGUGACCAAAACUCCAUUGACUCAGUGAAGAUUUCAGCUUGAUAAACAAUUAUGAAAAAUAACCAUAAAAUGAACUUACACCUCAAACUGUUGGAUGGAGGCCUGUACCACAUUCUUGUAGACCAAAGGACCUUAGGCCAUAAAUAUUUUUUGCUGUGUUUAUGAAUCCAGUGACCUUAAAAAAAGAAAAUUGAAAAGAAAAUAUCAGAAUGACGUGGUUUUUUAUACCGUUCAUGGUAAAAUUUGCUUUGACAAUAAAAAUAACCCAUGACUGAAACAGAUUUUUCUCAAACGUUAAAUUGUCUUAUUUUUUCAUCAGCUCACAGAUCCAAACCAAACUUUUAGAUGAUUGAAAAGGUCCUGUACAAUCCAUUAUAUUUUUUAUUUUCUUUCGACCUACCGAUCCAUUGUCAAUAUCUCUGACCAUUAUCUAUGAUAAUCCAUAAUAAAAAAAAUAAUUAUGUUUUUCACAUGCUCAGAUAGUUUGGUGCCAAUUAGGCCGUGUGUAAAUCAACCAUUGAAAGGGAUUUGAACUGUGUCCUGUGCUUAUGUAAGGGAUACCUUGAGAGGAACUGAUUACGGAGUUUCUCUCAAUCAUAUGCAUGGCCCUAAAAAUCAUGAUUAUCAGACUGGCAGAUCUCUAAUACAAAUGGGGGCGGUCGGGUAGCCUAGUGGUUAGAGCGUUCGAUCGACACGCCGAAGACCCGGGUUCGAUUCCCGACAUGGGUACAAUGUGUGAAGCCCAUUUCUGGUGUCCCCCGCCGUGAUAUUGCUGGAAUAUUGCUAAAAGCGGCGUAAAACCAUACUCACUCACUCUAAUACAAAUGUUCGCUGUUUUGGGCACUGAUUGAGUUGAUGUUGACAAAUCAGUCCAAACUUAUGCAAUCAGUAAUAUUUGAUAUGCCAUCUUGAAGUAUUAUUCAAACUAUACUACUGAACUUUUGAUAAGGAUACUGAGAUGCAUGAUACUGCUGCAUCUACAUGUUGUGUUAUCAAGUCCCACUUGUGCAGAUCGAAGCUCAUGAUGUCAAUCACUGGAUUGUCUGGUCCAGACUCCAUUAUUAACAGACCGCUGUCAUAUAGCUGGAAUAUUGCUGAGUGCAGCAUCAAACAACAAACAAACUGACAAGACAUGUUAUGAUUCAUGAUAUAAGUGGGCUGAAUCAAGGAAAUAAUAUAAAUAUCCUUAUCAAAUGUUGAGAAGUGUAUUUAAGCAUUAUGUUGUUGAUGUAGUGAUUAUAACAAAUGUGAAUGUGAUAUUAAAUCUGUGAUUUAGGGCAAAAUGACAUCAUAAUUAAUCUAUUGCAUGUUUUGUCAACAAUAAUACCACUAACUAAAACCACUUGUUAAUUGCCAUCAAUGGUCAGACAGUAUUUUAGCUGUUACACAUAUGGUAACACUUCUAAAAUAAGCGUUGCUCCGUUAUUCCCACUUAGUAUUGAAAACCCUUUCUGAAGUAUUCACACCAAAGAUAUUACGAGAAGGCAGUAUUAAUAUUGACUGAUGUCAAUGUGUAAUAACGAAAUGAUACUUAAUGCUUACUACAUUGAUGUGAAAGUAUUUCCUGUAACUGUCCACACAUGUUUAUACCUGUAUCUUAUAUACGACAACUCUGUACAGAGCCUUGACAGAUCCUGUGUUAGAAAGGUCAACAGGUGCCCUGUGUGGGCUCAUUUAUCCUGAACAAAAAAAGUUAGGGAUAAGAAAUAUUUUUUUCAGAUAAAAGUAAAAUACGGUUAUAACGAACUCAAAGAGACCACUAAUUUUUGUUUGUUAAAACCGUUUUGACUGUUUUAUAUGAUAAAAUAUACAGCAAUUGGCUUGGACCAAAAACCAGUUUGUUAUAUCUGUCAGUUCAUUUCAAGCGUGUUCGUGAUAGACAUAGUUCACUGUAUUUUUGUAAUGAAGACUGAACACAUGCUAGUAUUUUAAUAAAUAUAUUCCCCAAUAUAUUCAUGAUCCCUAACAUUUUUUGUUCGAUAUGUGUAUUAUCCUAUUAUAAAGCACAGGUGAGAAUUUGUCCUGUGGGAUAAUGUGAUUCCCAUGUUAACAUCGAGUGUAGGACGCAAGUGUCAGGAUCAUGUACAGAAUGGUUUCCUUACAAAAGUGUGCAGUGACAGUUUGAUAUGAUUCUGAAACUUGAUGAUUCUCUUGCAUGUAAGUAUGACGCGGACAAGACAGAUAGGUUUGUCCUGACUCUAGGUCAUUCAUCGGCAAGGCGAGGCAGCAGUGUAUUGGUGAAUUGUUCAGGUGAUUUUUGGUACGACCAGGAGGCAGAGUUGGACGAUAAAGGUGCACAGUUAGCUCCCUUUCACCAGACCCUCGCCUUGAUGCUGAGAGAUGUCGUAUUGGUCACUGUGGGAUCUCAUACAUUGUCCUAUACAGGAGGAAGUUAGGAAGCUACACUCGCCUUGAUGCUGAGAGAUGUCGUAUUGGUCCCUGUGGGAUCUCAUACAUUGUCCUAUACAGGAGGAAGUUAGGAAGCUGUCAGACUAUAUAGUCACAACUACCCGAAAUAAUGAAGAUUGAGUUGACUUCGGUUUUCAACUUUGUUAUUGCUUCAAUACAAUAUUUGUGUACAGGUAGUAUAUUAUCAAGAAUAUAUUUAGGUACAGGUUGUAGUCUGAAAGAAUACAGAAGUUCAAAACAUCGUGCAGAAAUUAUGUAUAUGAUUAAAUUUUCAUAGCAACUGUAAUACUUUCAGAAAGUCCUGGUGACAUCUAUUUUAAUAGUGCAUUCGUUAGUUGUCAUUUGUUAGGUUUUUUUUCACUUAAUGUAUUUCUGUUUAUUUUAUUAUUGUUUUGGGAGGAUAAAUUGUGCAGUCUCCGCUCCUUUGUAUGUGCAAGCCUGCCAUCCUGCUCUCCAACCACAUCAAUACAGUCUGCAACAUUCCUGUGACAACACCGUAGUAACUGGCUGUGCGAUAA